AUGACGGAGGUCCAGAGGGCUGGCCAGAAGGUAACGAUCAUUCCUCCUGUUCGCCAGGUGCCCAGGAUAGCGCAUCAGGAGCCCCUCACCCUCAGCAGGUGGACGCAGUUCAUCCUGUGUGUGCCUGUCUCUGGGCGUCUGGGGACAACAGGCCUCUGUGUCCAGGUCCCCCUGUCACGUGCAGAGACUCCAGAGACCCCAGCAGGCAUGGGGCCACUGGGUCUGGACCCUUUUUUCACCCAGGGCAGUGGUGGCAUGGGGCUCACCCGGUCGGCGGUGUCUCAGAGCCCCCGGGAGCGGUUCAGAUGUUCUCUGAAGCGCUCAGGUGCAGCGUUGCCUUUGGGCGAUGUUGUCUCACAGGAUGGACGUGGAGGAAGACGUGGCUACCCUACUUGCACAGGAGCAGGGGGCAUCAUUGCCCAGUGUGAACAGGAAGCAGGGCGGGAGCGGGUUGCCCAUGCCUUUGUGCCCCCACAGCCCUUCACCUCAGCCCCCUCACUCUGGACCCCUCUGGGUCCCAGGGACGCGAUAGGGCCCAAGGAUGUGGACAGCUUACAAAGUUACCGAUCGCCUCGAGAUUCUGCAGGGCAGGCAGGACGGUGGGGGAACAACCAGGGGCCCAGUGCAUGGCUGCCACAGUGGCUCAGAGGAGGGCAAGGACCGACGGAUGGACGACAGCCCCGAGAGUCAGCUGAGGCUGGAGACGGGGCUGUGGGGCCAUCCCGGCUGCCUGCGGGGCCCUUGCUCACCCUCGUCACCUCUGGCAUCUCCCCGGCAGCACUUAGCAGCCCAGUGAGAGAGCGGUCAAGGCGGGCGUGUGGAUGGACAGGGCCUCUCUCAAGGGUUCUGACAGAUGAGGGUCGAAGAAGGGCCAGGCCGUCCAGUCUCUGGGCCAGAGAGGAUGGGCAAAGUCAAGGAACAGGCAGGGUCGGCAGCCGGGGUGCAGGGAGAGGCAGGUGUAUGCUGGAAGGUCAGGCCCCACGAGGGCCCUUGGGGGCAUCAAGUGGGACAGGGCCCCGGCGCACCCUCAGUGCCCUGGGCAGGCCUCGGGCCAGUGAUGUGGUCACUCCCUCGGGAAAUGCUGUUGGGGCCGGACCACCCACCCUGGGCCACACCCAUCCCGCCUCAGGCCUGGAUUUUCUCAGCUCCUGCAGAGUGUGCUGCCUAGCCCAGGAGGGGCACCCCCAUUGUGCAACCCAAGCCUCACCCUCCACAAGCCCCAGGCAGCCCCUGUUGGGUGGGCCCUAGUUCCCUCUUCUCCCAGGCCCCAGCCCCUCCCAGGCGCCAGCUGGCAGGGAAGCACCGGUCCUCCCUUCCCUGUGUGUCCCCUGGAUGGAGAC